AUGGAUUUGCUCGGUGAUAUUGUUGAAAAAGAUACUACUAAUGAUAAUAAUACUGAUGCAGUUAAUUGCGACGUACAUGGAUUCCCAGAGCCGUUUAGACCCAAGCAAAUUUCAUCCUGGAAACAACGUCUAAGUGCCAAGAAAGGCAAAAACAAUACAGGUUCACAACCCUUACCAUCGGAAGCUCCUUCUAAACCCUCCAACCCAACCUCUGCUGCGCAAUCUAUUCAUGAAGAAAAUCUUCAGGCUUUGAAGCAAAUGUCUCCAGAAGCCAUCGAAAAAGAAAGGAAUGAACUAAUGGAAUCGUUAGAUCCAAAAUUGGUUCAAAAGUUGAUUCGUAAUAUGGAAAAAAGAGCAUCAGAAAACCAACAAACACUUUUCCCAGAAGUGGAAGGUGCUCCUGGCACCUGGGUUGGUGGUAAUAGGGAAAAUGGAGAAUUACCUAGCCUGAGCGAUGAACAAGUCGAUAAGGCACUGGGAAUACAAUCCAACAGCAAACCUAAGGAAAAAUCCGUUUCAUUUGCAGAAGAACCAUCCGAGACACCUAGCCAACUUCCACCAAAGGAAUCCCUUCAAGAUUUAGAUGAAGACGAUGUUGCUCCACUAGAUUUCCAGGCGGCUCAAUCCGUCGACCACAUGGCCAAUCAAGAGUUAUUCCAAGAUGUACAUUUCAUGAAACCUGAAGAAUCAGAGGAAGAAAAGUUGCGUCUAGAUGAUCCCGAUUUCGAUAGUAAGCUUCAUGAUAAAUUUUUCCCAGAUUUACCAAAGGAUGUGGAGAAAUUGAAAUGGAUGCAACCUUUACCUGAAACCAAACCCGGUGACACAGUUAUCGAAGAUGUUUCUCAAUGUAGAUUCGAUUUUAACGGUAAUCUAGUGCCUCCAACAAGAGAAAUUACUUCGACAGUGCAUUCUGCAUUGCAUCAUCACUCAGAUGAUCCUCAACUAGCUGGUUACACCAUUCCCGAAUUACAAAGACUGUCAAGAUCUACAUUUCCAGCACAACGCGCUAUAGCGGUUCAAACUUUGGGUAGAAUUCUCUACAAACUGGGUAAACAGUCUUAUUACCAAUUGGUUCCUGAAGUCGAUCCAGAGACGUAUAAAGAAGAAGGUAGUGCGCAAGGUGUGAUUAACAAGAUCUACUCGAUGUUUUGGGAUCUGUGCAACGAUUGUCGAAUAAUAGAUUGCCUACAAGACGCCGCGGAUGAGACCAAGACAAGACAUAUAUCGGUUAGAAAUUACGCCUUAGAAGCUCUGUGGCUUUGGAAAACAGGCGGUGGUGAUUUCAGGGGAAAAUCGCCUAAUAGUUAUAAUGAAGAUAAUGUAUGA